AUGGCUUCAACAACAAGGGAACCGGUGAACCCACUGCGCCCCUACUACAUACCGCCGACGAUAGGAGAUCAAUCCGACUCGCUGCCGUCGCGGCCGAGCCCGUCUUCACAUGCGAAUGCGACAUCGGGCAACUACGCGUCCAAGGCACGCGACAUCUUCCCAGACCUAGACUACAAUAACCAUCUGGACGAAAUCUCGCCAUCGACAGUCCAGUCCGUCAAGCAAACCGUCGACGAGCUGCUAUGGAAGUACACGUCGGUGCUGAUGGCCCAGCCCUUCGAGGUGGCAAAGACCAUCCUCCAAGUGAGGAGUCAGGAUGAUCUGGGGGCACUGGGUGCGGCGCCAGUAGAGGCCAAAAGGCCAGUCAUUGCAAGGCCGAGGCGCUCCGUAUACGACGAGUAUCCCGAUUCAGACUCCGAACCCGACGACUAUUUUACCUCCAACGCUCCCUAUACACCCACGCCCUCGCAUCGGACACAGCACAGACGAGGAUCGUCGCCGAUCGAAUCACCCAAGGCCAACGCCAAGCCGACCUUGCUUCCACACCAGUUAGGCCUGCGCCGACCGGACUCAAUAUUCGACGUACUAUCACAGCUGUGGUCGAAGGAGUGGGCAUGGGGCGUGUGGAAGGGAACAAACACCACGUUUCUCUAUACAGUGCUGCAGUCUCUGCUAGAGAACUGGUCCCGCAGUCUGCUGAGCGCCCUGCUCAAUGUUCCGGAUUUAGGAGUCAAGGACGAUGUUGAAAGGCUGGUCGACAUCGCCUCGCCCUACCCGUGGGCAUCUUUAUGUGUUGCGGCAGCUGCCGCAGUCGCAACAGGCCUCAUUCUGGCUCCCCUCGACCUUGUGCGAACCCGCCUCAUAGUCACCUCGACCGGACGCGCGCCGCGUCGUACACUCGCCACACUGCGAGCCUUGCCAUCAUGGCUCUGCCCAUCUAUCCUUAUUGGGCCUACAAUACUCAACUCCCUCGUCCACCCCUUUCUCACACUAUCGACGCCUCUCGUGCUUCGCUCGCAGUUCCUGAUUGAUCGCGAGUUAUCCCCAACCACCUUCUCAAUCGCAAAGUUCUGCACCUCGUGUGCCUCACUCUUCAUCAAGCUGCCGUUAGAGACGGUGUUGCGGCGCGGACAGAUGGCAGUGCUAUUACAACCAAACUAUGUCGAAGCUCUCGAUCGUGCUGGAAAUAUGGACAUAAUCGUGCGACCAGGCCCCUACAAUGGUGUCAUAGGCACCAUGUAUACAAUUGUAGCCGAAGAAGGCUCCAGGGCCGUAUCCGUGCCGGCUAAGAGUCCACAGCGGGGUAGAAAGGGCAAUGCCACGGUCAGUGAGGUGGUAUAUAAGAAGGGCCAGGGUCUGGGAGGACUCUGGAGAGGGUGGAAGGUCAGCUGGUGGGGUCUAGUAGGUUUGUGGACCGCUGGUAUUGCUGGUGGUGGCGGUGAGGGAGAGUUCUGA